AUGUCAAACAAAUCGCAGACUUUAUUGGAUAUAUUCCAAGAGAUAUUGGCGGCGUCUGGUAACUCUUCGGAUAGCAAAAGCAUCAAUGAGUCUCACAUAUUAUCAGUGCUCAAGGAACAGGCAUCUAGAGGGAGAAGUGAGAACUUGGGUUCAAUUUUAGUCAAAGUAGUCAGCGAUGUUCAGAGCAAAUUGAAUCUUUCCAUAAAAACUGAUACAUGUGGAUACUGCGAUGGAGAUUUCAGAGAUGUUGUCGAAGCCUACAACGGAAUACAUGGCUAUGUUAGUUUGAUAGUGUGCACAAUAGGUGUGUUGGCGAACACAAUGAACGUGGCUGUACUGACGAGACGGGAUAUGGCAGCGGCGCCAAUCAACCGUCUGCUAAAGUGGCUGGCGGUCGCUGACGUCUUCGUCAUGCUUGAAUACGUACCUUUCUCAAUAUACAAGUACUUGGUUCUACCAGAGAAAUUGGAUUUUCCAUAUUCAUGGGCUAUGUAUCUGCUAUUUCAUAUGCAUUUUGCACAAAUCCUUCAUACUGCCUCGAUAUGUCUCACUUUGUCGCUGGCUAUAUGGAGAUACGUUGCAAUAAAAUAUUCAGAUCGGAGCCAUAUCUUAUGUACUGAGAAAAGAUGUAGUAUUGCAAUAUUAACAAGUUUUAUUCUGCCUCCCAUACUUUGUAUACCCACGUUUAUGGUAUUUGAUAUACACACAAAGAAUGUCACCGACGUACAUGGCAAUCCUGAUAUCGCCUAUCACGUUGAUUCUGACAACCAGGGCAGACUGUACCAGGUCAAUUUUUGGGUUCAUGCUGUGCUUAUUAAACUACUGCCGUGUUCAAUUCUCACAGUCAUCAGUUUAUGGCUUAUUCGGGCUUUAUAUAGCGCGAAUCAACACCAAAAGAAUCUUCGGAAUUAUAGCGCGUGUCCCGCUGCAGAAAAAAUGGUGAAGAGACAACAUAAAGCAGACAAAAGAACAGAUAGAACAACAAAAAUGUUGUUGGCAGUUUUGUUGCUGUUUUUAGUGACUGAACUACCCCAAGGCAUUCUGGGAUUAAUGAGCGGUUUGCUCGGAUGGUGCUUUUUCAAACGAUGCUACGAUUUGUUUGGGGAGCUGAUGGAUUUUUUGGCAUUGUUGAACGGAGCCAUCAAUUUCAUACUGUACUGCUCUAUGUCUCGACAAUUUCGCCAAACAUUCAGACAGUUGCUUCUUCAAAGACACUUGGCGCGAUUCCUACCUCCCACCGCCUCUCAUUCGGAAUCUCACAACCAGAAUACGUGCACAGAAAAGAUAAAAAGAUAG